UUGGCCAGGAUAAGAAAUUUUUCAUAAUGAUAAGAAAUUUUGGCUUUUGAUUCCACCCGAAUAUAGAAAAAAAAUGUCGUCUUCAGCUGCAAUCAGAGGUUUUGGUUCAUUACUCACCAGAUUUUCCAGUGGGGUUUCUGUUAAACCCCUGAGCUCUCUCAGUCCCCACAGAAAUGGUUAUUCGAUAAGAAAUUUAUCGUCAAUUUCUAGGUGCUCGUGUUCUGGAGAUUGGGCUUCGUUUUUAGGGCUUAAUCAUGGAAGCUGUGAGAGGAAGAUCUCAACUCGCGCGCCGCUGUGUAUGGGCAGACGAUCGAGUAAAAUUGCCGGCAGAAAGACUCAAAAUGAUCUUAAGAAGGGGAAGCUGUAUGCUAGAUUUGGGAAGGAAGUUGUAUCUGCGGUUAAGAAAGGUGGUGCUAGUCCAGUAUCUAAUACAGCUUUGGCUGCUCUGUUUGAGAAAGCAAAGGAGCUUGAUAUACCGAGGGAUAUAUUAGAUCGCAACAUUAAGAGAGCUUCAGAGAAGGGCCAGGAAUCCUACAUUGAGAAAUUCUAUGAGGUCUAUGGCUAUGGUGGGGUAGGAAUGAUUGUUCAAGUGCUAACAGAUAAAGUAACUAGAUCUGUGGCGGCCAUUAGGGAGGUCGCGAAGGACUGUGGUGGAAAGAUGGCAGAUUCUGGAUCGAUUAUGUUCAAGUUUAGACGAGCUAGAGUUGCGACUGUAAAGGCUUCUGAUGUUGAGAAAGACGAGCUUCUUAUAAUAGCCUUAGAUGCUGGUGCGGAGGACAUAAUUGAGCCCUGGAUGGAUGUAGAUAAUUCGGAAGAAGAUUCUGAAAGACACUAUAAAAUUGUAAGUUCGAUGGAGAAUUACGCUGCUAUAUUGGCAAAACUACGCGAGGAAGGAAUUGCAUUCGAAACUGAUGGUGGGUUCGAGCUUAUUCCCAUAACGCCAGUUGAGGUUGAUGACGAGGCUAUGGAGUUAAACAAGGAGCUGGCGUCCAAACUGCUUGAGCUGGAUGAUGUCGAUGCAGUAUAUACAGAUCAGAAAUGAUUUUGACCUUCUACGUAUCUUUGAGCUGGUCCUUUUCUUCUCCUUCAGCUGCUCAGCAUUCAAACUGAGAUUUUGGGGCUGUGAGUUUUACGGGCUCGUCGUGUUUGCUCUCCAAUGUGCAAAUUCCGGCGGUUGCCAGAUGAGUUUGCUAUAUCUGCCAGAAUAUUCAGUGAAGGCUCAUUAUUUCAUAGUGAUAUAUUUACUGAUUUGAGAAAGAAAAAUAAAAUAAACAAAUAAUGGCAUUACAUUUUUGUUGCAUCUUUAUUUUUAGCAUUACUCAAAAAUUUUGUUGUACGAUAGUAGCUAAUUUUUUUUACUAAUUUAUCUCUUUUUCUUUGAAUA